AUGACUACUGUCCACACAGGCAACAUAAACUUCAAAUGGGACCCCAAAAGUCUAGAGAUCAGGACUUUGGCAGUAGAAAGACUGUUGGAGCCCCUUGUUACACAGGUUACAACCCUGGUAAACACCAAUACUAAGGGCCCCUCUAACAAAAAAAGAGGUCGUUCUAAAAAGGCUCAUGUUUUGGCUGCAUCUGUUGAACAAGCAACUGAGAAUUUCUUGGAGAAGGGCGAUAAAAUUGCGAAAGAGAGUCAGUUUCUCAAGGAGGAGCUUGUGGCUGCUGUAGAAGAUGUACGAAAACAAGGAGAUUUGAUGAAGAGUGCUGCGGGAGAGUUCGCAGAUGAUCCAUGUUCUUCUGUUAAGCGAGGCAACAUGGUUCGGGCAGCUCGAGCUUUGCUUUCUGCUGUUACCCGGCUACUUAUUCUGGCUGACAUGGCAGAUGUCUACAAAUUACUUGUUCAACUGAAAGUUGUAGAAGAUGGUAUCUUGAAAUUGAGGAAUGCUGGCAAUGAACAAGACUUGGGAAUACAGUAUAAAGCCUUGAAACCUGAAGUGGAUAAGUUGAACAUUAUGGCAGCUAAAAGACAACAGGAACUGAAAGAUGUGGGCCAUCGUGAUCAGAUGGCUGCAGCUAGAGGAAUCCUGCAGAAAAAUGUUCCAAUCCUCUAUACUGCAUCCCAGGCAUGCCUACAGCACCCUGAUGUUGCUGCCUAUAAGGCCAACCGGGAUUUGAUAUACAAGCAGCUGCAACAGGCAGUCACAGGCAUUUCUAAUGCAGCCCAGGCUACCACGUCAGAUGAUGCCUCCCAGCACCAGGGAAGUGGUGGAGGAGAACUGGCAUAUGCUCUCAACAACUUUGAUAAACAAAUUAUUGUGGACCCCUUGAGCUUCAGCGAGGAACGCUUUAGGCCUUCCUUGGAGGAACGCCUGGAAAGCAUCAUUAGUGGAGCUGCCCUGAUGGCCGACUCAUCCUGCACACGUGAUGACCGGCGUGAGCGAAUUGUGGCAGAGUGCAAUGCUGUUCGCCAGGCCCUGCAGGACCUGCUCUCUGAGUACAUGGGCAAUGCUGGACGUAAAGAAAGAAGUGAUGCACUCAAUUCUGCAAUAGAUAAAAUGACCAAGAAGACCAGGGACUUGCGGAGACAGCUCCGCAAAGCUGUCAUGGACCAUGUUUCAGAUUCUUUUCUGGAAACCAAUGUUCCACUUUUAGUAUUGAUUGAAGCUGCAAAAAAUGGAAAUGAGAAAGAAGUUAAGGAGUAUGCUCAAGUUUUUCGUGAACAUGCCAACAAGUUGAUUGAGGUAAGUAUAUUUGCACUUUUCUUAACUGUUAACAAAGAUGGUGUGCUUGCCAUUAAGCCACUUUUGAGCAAUAAACUUUAAUACUUUUUGCAGGUUAUCAAUGCUGCAUUGGCUUUAGCAGCAAAACCACAAAGUAAACUGGCCCAGGAAAACAUGGAUCUUUUUAAAGAACAGUGGGAGAAACAAGUCCGUGUUCUCACAGAUGCUGUUGAUGACAUUACUUCCAUUGAUGACUUCUUAGCUGUUUCAGAGAAUCACAUUUUGGAAGAUGUGAAUAAGUGUGUCAUUGCUCUCCAAGAGAAGGAUGUGGAUGGGCUAGACCGCACAGCUGGUGCAAUAAGAGGUCGAGCAGCUCGGGUCAUUCAUGUUGUCACCUCAGAGAUGGAUAACUAUGAACCAGGAGUCUACACAGAGAAGGUCCUGGAAGCCACCAAGCUGCUCUCCAACACAGUCAUGCCCCGUUUCACUGAGCAAGUAGAAGCAGCUGUAGAAGCUCUCAGCUCAGACCCUGCCCAGCCAAUGGAUGAGAAUGAGUUUAUUGAUGCUUCCCGCCUGGUGUAUGAUGGAAUCCGGGACAUCAGGAAAGCAGUGUUGAUGAUAAGGACUCCUGAAGAAUUGGAUGACUCCGAUUUUGAGACAGAAGAUUUUGAUGUCCGAAGUAGGACAAGUGUCCAAACAGAGGAUGACCAACUGAUAGCUGGCCAGAGUGCUCGGGCAAUCAUGGCUCAGCUUCCCCAAGAGCAAAAAGCAAAGAUUGCAGAACAGGUGGCCAGUUUCCAGGAAGAAAAAAGCAAGCUGGAUGCUGAAGUGUCCAAAUGGGAUGACAGUGGCAACGACAUCAUUGUGCUAGCCAAGCAGAUGUGCAUGAUUAUGAUGGAGAUGACUGACUUCACCCGAGGUAAAGGACCACUCAAAAAUACAUCAGAUGUCAUCAGUGCUGCCAAGAAAAUUGCUGAGGCUGGAUCCAGGAUGGAUAAGCUAGGCCGAACCAUUGCUGACCAUUGCCCGGACUCAGCCUGUAAGCAGGAUCUUCUAGCCUACCUGCAGCGCAUCUCCCUCUACUGCCAUCAGCUCAACAUCUGCAGUAAAGUCAAGGCUGAGGUGCAAAACCUUGGAGGAGAACUUGUCGUCUCUGGGGUGGACAGCGCUAUGUCUCUGAUCCAAGCAGCCAAGAACUUGAUGAAUGCUGUGGUGCAGACAGUGAAGGCAUCCUAUGUGGCCUCUACCAAAUACCAGAAAUCUCAGGGUAUGGCUUCCCUCAACCUUCCUGCUGUGUCGUGGAAGAUGAAGGCACCUGAAAAGAAGCCCUUGGUGAAGAGAGAAAAACAGGAUGAGACACAGACCAAGAUCAAACGAGCAUCUCAGAAGAAGCAUGUGAACCCCGUGCAGGCACUUAGCGAGUUCAAAGCCAUGGAGAGCAUCUAGGCCUGCCCUCGCCCCUGAAGAUUAGACGCUGUUCUUCACUCAUGUGUAUUUGCUAAGUAGAGAACACUGAUGUUAGAUUCCCCAGGGGAAAAGGCAGAGUUUUGAACCAAGGUGAUAAGUUUUAUAAGGACAAUGUUUGUAUUUUAAAUUGGUCAAAAAAUGCUUUUAUAGAAAUCAGAAGCAUAUUCCUAGUUAUAUUUUUAUAAGCUCAAGUAUAAAAAAAAUCAUAACCAAAGAGAAAACCACAUUAACUUCUUAGCAAUUAAUACUCUUGACUAAGUUGGAUACUUGUUUUCUAGAGAAGGUGAAGGUUUGGGAAGUGGGGAUUGCAGUGUGGUAGUAAAUGACCAAGGCGACCCCCUGGUGAGCAGCCUGGGGAAACAGGCUCUAUGGAAGGAAUUUACGAGAAAGCUCUUCUGAGGAAUAAACCAUAUAAACAAUAAAACAUAAUGUAUCAUGAAAAAACUGAUUAUUCUCUUUAUGAAAUGGAAAUUAUAAUGCAUGGCUACAAUUACUAAUGUGCUCUGCCGCAGGCCAUUAAUAAACUUGCUUUUUUUCCCCCUUUCUUGUAGCUUCAAAUGCAAAUUUAUCAUUGGGCUCACUUGUAAUAAUUGCCAUGUUUCCUGCUUUGGGCUCCCAGCAGAAGCCUGACAGAAUAGUGUUUGCUUAGGCAAUAAUUUAGCCUUUACCUUAUUUGUGAUUGCUAUAGCUACAAGGUAUAAUUUUACUGUCUUAUUUAAAUUUUAUGAAUUUGAAUGUUUUUUUUACACUAACUUUUCCCAAUAAAGUCCACUUCAUGAAAUCAA